AUGGGUUCAAUUGAUUUAUCAUCACUUUGUCUUUUUCUGUUUUUCAGGUUCAUAUAUGAAACUGAGCACUUCAACGGAGUGGCAGAGCUGCUGGAAAUACUUGGCAGCAUCAUAAAUGGAUUUGCGCUGCCUCUGAAAGCUGAGCAUAAGCAGUUCCUCAUUCGAGUACUCAUCCCGCUACACACGGCAAAGUCUCUUUCCAUCUUCCAUGCACAGCUGGCCUACUGUGUGGUGCAGUUUAUGGAGAAAGAUGCUACCGUCACCGAAUAUAUUAUCAGAGGGCUGCUGAAAUACUGGCCAAAAACCUGCACGCAGAAAGAGGUGAUGUUUCUGGGUGAGAUUGAAGAAAUCCUGGAUGUGAUCGAGCCGUCUCAGUUUAUCCGGGUCCAGGAGCCGCUCUUCAAACAGAUCGCAGCCUGUAUCUCCAGCCCUCACUUUCAGGUAGCAGAGAGGGCUCUUUACUUCUGGAACAAUGAAUACAUCCUCAGUUUGAUUGAGGAGAACUGUCAAGUCAUCCUGCCGCUGGUAUUCGCCACACUCUACAGAGUCUCCAAGGAGCACUGGAACCAGACCAUUGUGUCUCUGAUCUACAACGUGCUGAAGACUUUCAUGGAGAUGAACAGCAAACUGUUUGAUGACCUCACUGCCUCCUACAAAGUGGAGAAACAGAAAGAGAUGAAAAGGGAGAGGGAGCGAGCUGAGCUCUGGCGAACCCUGGAGGAACACCACGAGCGUCGGAUGCAGAUGAUCACAGAAGCUGCCAGAAACCAGCGCAACCUCCAGGAGCGAGGUGAAAGAGGGGAACCACCAAACCCUUCAUCCCCGCAGAUGGCACACUCCAUUCAGUCCGAGACCAAACCUAGCGGGGCCUCCUCAACCUCCUCUGGAGCUGGAAUCGGGGAGAGUGCCACUUAGGUGCCACUGAGCAGAGAUCAGACCACACAGGGGUUAAGGGACAGGGAGAAGAUAUGCCGUGCCAUGAAGGUGAAAGUGUUGGGCGGCCUCAGGCAGAAAAAGGUACAAAAUUAAAUUUAUACCUUGUAUCACUGUGGUGGUAGCUCACUCGGUUAUCCAAGGUAAAAACCUGCACCUUUUCCCUGGCCGCGUUGUGUGAAACUGUUUCACAUUUUUUGCUGCAGAUCAGAAGAUGAAUAUCACCUGAAAGUGCAGAUAAUAACUUAAAAUAAACAGGGUCAAAAACCAACAUGGGCUGCUGGCGUUGGGCUAAUGCUAACAAGGGUUAGCACAUGUCUAACUGCCAAGUCUGCACUGUGGCCUCGUAUUCAUCCUCUGGUCGAAAAUGCUUAUUUCUUGCAUGGAUAGCACAAUGCAUAAAUAAGCUACAGAAGCAGUUUCACACAAAAAAGUUCCCAAACUGUUGCAGCACAGACUCGAUUCACAAACCACACUCAGAUGCAGCUAUUACAUUUAUUGUAAAUAUGAAUAGACAGAGCCCCAGACAGAGAAAAAACAAACUAUAUCAGGGUGAAUUACCAAACAAACGUUCAACAUCGACAUGCACGCGCACACACACAAACACACACCUGGUUCUGGCACUGACUGCUCUCCCAUUCUGUUGGGUUCCACCAAAGGACGAGCCUAAAGUCCCUUGAGGCUAAAUAACUACUCAAGAAAAUGAUAAUGAUAUGAAGUACAAUAAUGUUCCUUCUUACUGCUUACUCUAUUACUACUCUACUAAGUACUACUGAUGAUGAUAAUGUUUUUUAAUAUAUAUAUAUAUAAAUAUAU